AUGGCUUCCAACAUCCAUGGAGGACCUGGCUCCUUCCAAGAUCAGCGCUUCUCCAUGAACAACGAUCACGAUGGUCGCGCUACGAUGGCAAACUCUAUGCCCACCAAGCCUUCCUCUCAUUACUACCCAAACGGAAUUCCCGACGGCUACAAGAUGGUCGGUACCAAGGAGGGAGAGACGCCCAGACUUUACAUCGAAGACAAUCUUCCGAUCGCCUUCUAUAACCAGCCUUCGAAGGAGAUCAAGGCUAUUUUUAGCACCAACAAUGGCGAGUUUCCCACUCGCGGUCUCAGCCAUGUCCUCCCAGCACGCCAAAUUGAUUUAUGGAGCGCUGAAGAGCUCCAGGAGAGGGCCAAUGCCAUCCGCAAGAAGCAUUGGAGCCACAUGAAGUCCAUGCCGCAGCUGGAGUUCUGGGAAGACUUGUAUGAUUAUUUCGACUGCUAUGACAUCUACUUCCAAGGCGCGAUGAACCUUUGGAAUCUGAUGCUUCAUCUCUACCACGAAAAUCAAUGUCUCGUUCGCAACCUCCAUCAAGAAAUCGUUGCGGAAGUUGGUCAUUGGUGCGACGAAUGGGCUGCAAAGAGCGAGAACAAGAAGAAGCUGCUAGACUUCAAAGACUUCCAGGGCGACGUUCUCAAUCUGCUGAGCUCAGAGGAUCGCGUUGACCUCCAGGGACUGCCUCCUGUCAGCAUGGAACUUGUCCGCAAUGCUCUGAAGUUUCGACAUGAUCAGCUUCUAGGCAAGCCAUGGGCUCAACCAGCCUCGUACCCGCAGAAUAGCCUCGGGUACCAGUGGGAAGGAGGCACACUACAACAUUGGCUUGCGGGUCAACCCGUUCAAGAUACUCCUAGUGGACUUGCUCCAGCAUCAACCGCCCCAAACCUGACGAAGGGCAACCCCGACUCCCCACUGUCACAAACGAGCCCGGCUGCCAAAGCCUCGCCUCCGAAGCCAUUGAUCGUGAGCGGUACAUCUAGGCAAAAUUCAAUCGACCAUCUCCAUCACGAUGUUGCUACGGCUGUGAAUCGCGUCAGUUAUCCCGAGGGUACCCCAGCGGACAACCGGCAGACCUUUUCGGCAAGUCAUGGCCAUGGUAAUGAUGAUUCUCGUCGGCUGCCUGGUCGUUUGCUUCCCAACGUUGCGCAAACGAAUCAAACUUCGAUAUCCAGAGGCGAAAAUGCAGGUCCGGGAGGAUCCACCUUUUACCCUCAUGCUAUUAGACCUGAUGGUCAUCCAUUCAACACGCCUUUCACUACAGGUCCACAUGGUAUGCCUCAGCCCUAUCUUGGACCCGUUAGCCCCCUUCAUGCUCCCUCUCAUGGCCCCCCUCGAGGGCACUCUCAAGGGCACUCUCAAGAGCACUCUCAUGGACCCUCUCGUGGACCUCCUCAUGGACCCUCUCGUGGACUUCCUCAUGGGCCUCCUCACGGACCCAUGGAACCUCCUGCUGGUCCUGGAAAUCGCCGUUACGGUCCAUCCUCGCAGGUCCUUCCGUCUCCUCAAAGACCUAAUGACAACCGCUUCAACAACGCUGGGCAUUCGGCGCAAAUACCGGGCAGUGUUUCCGUGGGCGGCGCACAGCGUGCUCAAUCUGCUGCUUUUCCUGGUGUGGCACCUGAGCCGGUUUCCUUCCAGAGACGCAACGACAAGCGGAAUGCAUCAACAGACCCUCACUUUGGCCAAGCAGGCGACCGCGGUUCGCAAAUGGGCCAUCCGCGAUUUGAGACAAGAUUCAAUCCGCGAGCAGCGCCUAACUCGAACGGCUCAUCUCAUCAGCAGCAGCGCCACCGUGGCGAUUUCAAAGGAUGGGAGAAGGUCCACAAUGCAGAUGACUCGAUUCAUGGGCCCGUUUUCCGUCGUUCUCCAACCAAGGAGAAUCGCGCCCGUGCAUUAUCCCGUUCUUCCGCGUCUAGACAAACUUUCACUUGCACAAAUCAACAUGAAAAGCUUGGCGAUAACAAAUGGGCCUAUGCGCCUUGCGAGUGUCCUUCUUGCGAGGCUCGUGAACGAUCUGUCUUCGUUCAGCUCACCUCUCAUCUAAUUAGAGAUGACCUGCCUGAAAAGGUCCAUGCUGUGAUGUCUCGGUGGGGAGAGGUUGAGAAAGUCAACAGAUUGGCUCUCAAGGACCAGAAAGAUUACCCCAACUUCUUUGUCAGAUUCGAAGAUGGUUCUCGCAUCACUGAGAUUGCAAGCGCAAAGGAUAUUGAGUGCCCAGAGCUUCACUGUAUGCUCCAGACGCGACCUAUUCACCAUACGCGCUAUGGAAGCUUGAUGUAUUCCAAGGCCAGCAGGGACGCGAAUGAGCAGCAUAGAAUCCCGAAGUCGUACGAAGGGUCUCAGCAACCUCGGGCUAGCAACCAGGCUCUAUUCACUCAGAUCUCCUUGGAGCAGUAUAUGAUUCCUCGUCCACCAAAAUCGCAGGGCAAAGCAGUACAUGGUUCUCAGUCCGAAGCGGUACCUGAUUCAACUGUUCCACUGCCCACCGCAGACCAAGUUACUCUGCUGCAGGGUAAAACCGAACUGCCCGAAGACGUCAAGCCGACACAAGCCGAUGCGACUGGUGAUCUAGCCUUGCAACAGUCAAGUGAAGCCGAGUCGCAAUCGAAGCCGCCUUCCGAGGAGGUUAUUCCCGAUGAAGAAAAGACAACCAAGCAUGACAGCCCUCGGAUUUCCAACAGUCCAUGCAAAGUCAUUGUCGUCAACUUACCGGCGACACCUCAAAAGCUGACGAAGACUUCGAUGGACACUGAGGUACAGGGAGAAUCUGACUCUUCUGGCAAGGCUGUCUUUACUCCGGACGACAGUGAAUCGGUAGCCUCUCCGUUCAAGAAGAGCUCUCCGGCUUCUAUCAGUGACAAGGAAAAGAAAUUCGGCGCUCUUUCUGACCAGGGAUCGUCUGAAGAAUCUGCGAAGGUUAUACCUCAUGUCUUGCCUGUCCCGGAAGAGGGAAGCACAGCCCCUGAGCCUAUUGCGCAAAGUCCCACAUAUGGCAAGGGAAAGUACAGGAAGAUUUUUUCUCACAGAGAUACCAGCAGUGUCGAGGUCUUCGACGUGGUGCCUCACAUGCCUGGAAGAAGUAGCUCUUCGUUUCUCAAGACUUCCUUUCCUGACGAAGAUGGGCCUAGCGAUAGCCUUCGCCUGAAGUCUGGACAUGCACUGGACAGCUUGAUCGAUGCGGGCUUUUUCACAGGGGGUCCGAUGGCCACCAUGACCGAUGACGCUUCAAAGAAGAAGAAUAAGAAAAACAAGAAAAAGAAGAAGAAGCCGGCAUCGGGAGGCCAAGAUGAGUCUCUCCCCAUUGGCGACGUCUUGAUUGUGGCCGCCGAUGACAAGACUCCUCAUUUUCCGACGGAAAACCAUACUGGCGCAUCAGAGACUGCCGAAAUCAUCAACAAGGCAAAGGAUAUUGUUGUAACAGAAGCGCCUCUAGGAAAGUCAAGUCUCCCGGACCCGCCUAGCAAGAAUUUUCGGGCCAACGCUGGCGGCUCACUUCGAAUGCCGAAGAAUCGCAAUAAGAAGCCGACUCAGCUGGACAUUGCUGUACGAGAAGGUUCUACUUCUGGAGCGGCCACCGCCCUAAAGGAGGCCCACGCCUUCGACGGCGGCCUUCCAUCUGCUGCGAGUACUUCAAAGAUGAGCUUCACCACAGCCCAGGAAAGCUGCUCUGGCAACAGCUCGCCUAAGGUCUUAUCGACCCCAGCAACUCCAUCGUCAGCUCGGACGCCUGAACCGAAGGUUUCACCAGAAACAUCCACGGUUGAGAGUGAGGCGACGGCAAAGUCAACCAUGCAACUCAAUCCAAAGGCAAAGGAGUUUGUGUCGCCUGUACCGCGUCCUGCUGUUCAUAGAGUGAAGCUGGCGCCAAUUCCAUUGGUACCGAUCCCGGUGAAGACCACUCAGCAUCAACGCAACUUUUCUCGCAGUUCGUCGGUCACAUCCCGAACUCUCACUCCAGGACCAACGCCUCCCAAAGCUCAAGCUGAACAGUGUCAGGGACAUGGUGCUGGAGAUGGCCUCGAUAAUGGAGAGAGCUCUACAACUGAUGAAGUGCCAGUCCAAGAUGAAGGCAUGCAAAAGUCGGCACCCGAGAGCAUGCCGAAGGCAAAGGAGGACCAUCCCGCUGAAGGUGAUACGCCCGUUCCACAGCCAUCAAAUGCUAGCAGUGGCAACGGUCAAAGACAGCGUGCGAAGAAGGGCGCUAGCAAGAAAAAGCAGCAACAGCUUAACAGCGAUCGCGAACAGCACGGGCAGCAGCAACAGGGUAAGCAAGAACCGCAGAAGAACAACCCUUCGCCUAAGAAGCAGAAUGUUCGAGGACACAAGCACGUCCAGCAACCGCAACAUGCCCCUGGGACGCACAACAGAAAGCUUUCUGUUGCAAGUAAAGACGACUUCCCGUCCCUGCCGCCUGCUCCCUUGCCUGCUUCCAGCCUACCUGCGACCAGCGUCUGGGGCAAAGCGCGUGCAACGUCGACUGUUACAAAGAGCAGCACCACCACUCCUACCAGCAGCAUGAAUAGUGAGAACAAGACCAAGGACAAGACAUGCUUGGGCGCGCUCCCUCAGGAGGGCAGUGGCAAGCAUUAG